AUGUCUAUCCCUCCAGAUGUCAUUCGAAAGGCCGAGAUGCAAAUGAAAAGGAAGGCUCCGGAUGAUUUGAAUGGUGAACAACACAAAACGAGGAGCAAAAAUGCGAACGCGGCUGCUUCGUCGUCGACUUCCUCUUUGCAGUUUGACUACGCUUUGGAAAAGCAGUUUCGUGAGAACUCGGUGGCGGGCUUUGCGCUCACAUGCGUCAUGCACCGAGAACGGUCGGCGAUGAAAGAAGCUUUGGAGUUGUUGAGAGAGUGUCUGGACGACGAUUUCACCAAAAUCUCGCCCAUGAAGAUGCCGUGCAAAGCGUUUGCUUUUCUAAGUUUUAUAGAUACGAAUUGCGAUGGUGAAACGAAUUGUAAAUUAUUGGAGGUGAUGAAGCGAGUGAUGAGAGCGAGUCGUCAAAAUGUGAGGUUUUUAGAACGCAUGAUUGCAAUACAAACAACGUGCGAAUACAGCGAAGACGCGAUUGAACGAGCGAUCGAUCGAUUACGUAUUGAUGGUGGUUGGAGCAAGAGUAGUAGUAGUAUUAGUAGUGGUCGUAGUAGUCAAUUCAAGUCGUUUGCGAUUUGUCACCGAGAUUGCUUUUCGAAAGCGCUCUCUGAAGAUGUCGAAAAAUGGAAAUCGAGGGCAGUCACGAACGCGGUUGCAAAAGCGGUAUCGAAAAUAACGCGCAUCGAUAAAGUUGAUUUGAGAGAUCCGGAUGUGGUCAUCUUUGUCGUCGUCUUGGCGGUGAACGACAAUUUUGGCAUAAAAAAUACAGACAACAUCCCGACGCGUCGGCUCGGUUUGUCGUACGCGACGAGAGAGUCGAAGGUGUUCACGGUGAAAUCGAAAGGAAUAGAUGCGACGAAUUUAAACCAUAAAGAAUGA